GCAAAGUCUUACGUGAGGGGUAUCCGAACCUGGUGAGAUUUCGGGCACAGAGCUUUCAGAUUGCCCUGGACUAGGACAGUACUAGUCAAGAGCCCUUGAGGGUUGCAGGAUGGAACUAUGGACUUCAUGGAUCUUCUCGUUAUAGACCAAAUGAAUGUGGAUUUUUCAAGCUUCACUGUGAAAAUCAAAACACUUAAGAAAAAGCGAUAAAGCAAGAGGCCAAUCUUUACACCAAAUAGCUUACCCUUCACUUGGAGCUCAUUUGCCUUGCAAAUACUCUAUUGUUACUUGCCGAGUCCCUCCCUGCUCACAUAAAUGACUAACUCCACCCCAAAAAGAAGAACUUCUGCUGACCUGCUGCAGGAGAGGCAGAUCCUGACACCAUGGGGCCUGUCAGCUACUCGUCAGAGACCUAUGACUUGAGCCAGGUGGAGCUGAGCGGUUACUACGAGGCUGAGAACAGCACUCCUUCUUUGGAAGGCUACUUCUGCUUCAAUCCAGCCUCAUCUGUGGUUGGCAACCAGAGAGACCCCUUCAGAAAGGUCUUCAUACCGCUCACCUAUCUGCUUAUGUUUGUGUUGGGAACUGUGGGCAACGCCCUGGUCCUUGUCAUUUUAGAGAGGUUCAAGCGGUCUCGAACAACCACUGAAAACUUCCUCUUCCACCUCACCCUGGCCAACCUGGCCCUGCUGCUCACCUUCCCCUUCAGCGUGGUUGAAAGCCUGGCUGGGUGGGUAUUUGGGACCUUCCUCUGCAAGAUCCUCAGUGCUGUCCACAAGAUCAAUUUCUACUGCAGUAGCAUGCUGCUGGGGUGCAUCGCGGUGGACCGCUACUUGGCCAUCGUGUACGCAAUCCAUACCUACCGCAAACGCAGAGCUCGCUCCAUCCACCUCACCUGCACGGCCAUCUGGCUCUCCUCCCUGCUCUUGACCUUACCCGAUCUCAUCUUCAUGGAAGUCUGGACAGACGAGAGCAACCGCAGCAUUUGCUAUUUUCCAGAGGCUGGGAUUCACGGCAACAACGUGUGGCUGGCAACUCGCUUCCUGUACCACAGCGUGGGUUUCUUCAUGCCCCUGCUGGUCAUGUGUUACUGCUACAUGGCCAUCGUCCGGACUCUGUGCCAGUCCCAACGCCUGCAAAGGCAAAAAGCUGUCCGCGUAGCCAUCCUGGUCACCGGUGUGUUCCUGCUCUGCUGGAGCCCGUACCACAUUGUCAUCUUUCUGAACACCCUUACCAAGCUAGAAACCUUCACCAAGAACUGCCUCCUGGAAGAUCAGCUGGACACUGCCAUCAUGGUGACAGAGGCCAUUGGCUUCACGCACUGCUGCCUCAACCCCAUCCUUUACGCCUUCAUUGGAGUCAAGUUCCGUAACGACUUCUUCCGGAUCCUGCACGAGCUCGGCUGCAUAAGCCAGGAGACCCUACAAGAGAUCCUAGAGGUGACAAGGAAAGGCAGCGGAAUCGAGUCUGACAACACCACCUCUAUCUCCACUUUCUAACUCAGACAGGUUGCUGCAGGGCAGAAAUGGCCUGGCCAUGCCUGUCCAGCACAUAUGUGCUGUGUCCCAGUCCUAAGUUUCACAAGUGUCCUCACCACUCUCUUCAUUCCUCAGGAAACCGAGGUCUGAUAGCCACCUAACACCCUAAUCCCACCAGAUAACUUCUGUGGUUCCUUCUGGUUCACGUACAUUCCGAAAUCUGUCUGGCAGCUGUUGGCAAAUGCUGACUGUCCCAUUGUCAGCCUGGCAGGGAUGGAGGGACCAAAGCAGGUUGAACCUGUUGUUACCACAUCUCCAUCACCAAAUUGACUGCAGGAGUCCUGUGCACAGAGCCAGAUGCAAGACUGAGUCACGGGGCGGGGGCAGGAAAAACGCACAGCCAAGUGGAAGUGGAGCUGCAUCAGCGAGCGAGGACUGAGGAAAGGACAAAGCUGGUUCCCAUUUCACCUGCUCACAUCACUGGAGACAUGCCCAAAGGAAGCAAUGGGGGACAAUUACCAUGACAGCUAGAGCAAGAGAUGCAGGUAAGACCAUCAGGGUACCCAGAGCUCAUCCCAGUGGCAAAGGCCAGACAGUCUCUGGAUGGAAUAUUGCUCCUCCCGCUGCGUGACGUCCUGCCACCCAGUCACAGCACGUCGCUUUUCCCAGCACAGCUCACUCCGGGAUGCCAGGAUAUGGACUCGGACUUGACUGCUGCAGAUUCCUCUCCUGACAUCAGCCACAUCCUUUCCUGUUCACUUGAUUUGUUCAUAGCUACGGUGAGCUACUUGCUGAAGUAAAUGCCUGAGUAUGCAAAAGCUUUCUUCUAGGGAAGAUGACUGAACAGAUGGCUUCAGUCUUGUGACUGAGCACGGAGAAAAUGAACCACGCGUCUCUGUGAGGCUGAAGGUGUAACCUUUUUUUUUCCCCCUUUUCUUUUUGCAGCUCAUUGUACAUCGCUUUGUGCGUUUUGCCCCAGAGUAAGGUAAAACAUAGAAGAAGAUGACCUAAUUUGCAUCAUUUCUGUUUGUUUUCAGUGGGCUGAGAGGCAGCAUUGCAUUUUGCUCAGAACUGUGCUUUCAGAUAUUUUUGUUCCACCUGUACACACAGGGCCUUUAGAGGUGGGGUGCAUCCAGUAUCCAGGUUCACGCAGAACAAUCCUGAGUGCUGAUCUUGCCCUGGACCACGAGCAUCCAGCAACUGCCUGGGUCAGGGCUUCUCGAUAACAAGUUGGUCCUAAACAAGAGUGGCAGGUUUAUACCAUCACUGAUUAUGACGCCACAAGCUGGCACACAGGGCAGCCCCAACAGACUUGUGCAGCUUGCUGCUUCCUAGUAAGUCAAAGUGAUGUGUCAGCCCGUACACAGUGUUGCUUCCUUACAUUUUUCUCAUUAGUUAAGCGUUGCUCUGGCCUCCAGUUAAUGACAGUCACACACAUGCUGUCAUACAGGAAUGACCCUAACCACUGGAACGCAUUAAAAUCUGCUGUUCUACUCACCUCACUGCUUAUAUGUAGCUGGAACAACACCAGUUUUGCCGCUGCAGGAGGGAUUUGUGUGUCUAAAUCCACUCUGAAGUUCAACCCAUUAACACAAAGCGCAGUCACAGCCUAACUUCACCAUACCCAGUCACACUGCAGACAGCGGUCGUCACGGAAUGGGUCACAUCAGACUGCCCAGCUCAGGCAGAGAUCUGAAUACGAUUCUGACAUGACAAGGAAACUCCUAAAAUGUAAGGCAUUUACAGAAAGAACAGCCCAGCAGGGGCCAGCCCAGCCCUGCAGAGCAUCUCCUACAGCAGCACACGGCUUCCUAUUCCUCAUGAGGCAACCGAGCCACCCAGGGGACAUCGCUGGGGUGUUUCAGCAGAGCACCCUGCCCCACACAGCGGCCACGGGGCCGUGACAGGCAGCGAAGCGUGCACGAAGCACAAGCCAGCAAACGCAUGAAUGAACGCGUGCCUGGGAGUGCUGCAGAGCAGGGGCUCCCCGCACGCCCUCGUGCAGCUCGCUGUGACUCACACACGGUUUCAUUUUCCUUACCGAGAAGAGGACCUGGGUCCUUACCCUGAUCACCCAGCGCUUGCAGCUGGGCCCCGCUCCGUCACCCACCGCUGCCCAGGAGGGGUGGCUGGGAGCAGGUGUGCUCAAACAGUGCUGGGACAGGAUCCACAGCAACAGGGAACAGAGGAAAAUGAGGCUGUUUCUCACGGACAGCAGCUGAAGAAGGACUGUUCCAAGCUACAGAAGCGAGAGCAGCCACGUCCAACCCGUGGCCCUGUGCCAUCAUGGUGGCAGCCCUGACCCACACUGUGCCAUGGGCACUGUGUGGGCUGAAACCAGGGCAUGGGGUUUUGGCAGCACGGACAUUUUCAUGUUCAUCCAUGUUCAGGGAUGAAGCACAAGACAACGAGUAAUAAUUCCUCAAAAAUCUCUGACCAACACCAUGAGACCUCUCUGCAAACUGCAGCCAUUGCCACCGAACCAGACUGACGCGUUAGCUUCACAUCAUCAUCAUAUAUCCCACUACUUCGAUGGCCUUGUUGCUCUUUUUACUGUUUCAAUAAAAAUAUUAAAGGUUAAAAUAAGUUUUGUUACUUACAUAUAUUGACUACACUGUAUGUUUUAUGAGGGCUGCUCCGAAAGUAAUGCCUCCUGUUUUAUGACGUUGACCCACAACAUCAGAGGCGGAUGGUGGUGGUAUGGCAGUAGAGGUGGAACCUUCCCACCCAUAUCCCGUUCCAUGUUGUUACCGUGUGACAGAUGGCAGCAGAGGGGCAGGCUGACACAAUGGUGUCCGACAUGGACGUGUGGAUGAAGCAAAGGUGUGUCAUUGAGUUCCUCCAUGCAGAAAAGAUGUCGCUCACUGACAUCCAUUGAUGCUUGGUGAACAUUUCUGGAGACCAAACAGAAUGCAUAGGUCUUGGUGGCGACUACACUGAAAAAAUAGUGUGUUGUAGCUGAGAAUUGGCUCUACCAAGCAGAGUUACUGUGCUCAUUGUAGCAGCUGUAGUUUCCAUGGAAAUAUACAGGAGGCAUUACUUUCAGAGCAACCUAUGUACAUGCAACCCAGGGAAGCCAAAAGGUUGGACACCCACGGGCUACAGGAUGGGCUGGCACAGCAGAGGAUGGGACAGAACAACAGCACAGCCCAGACUCAGGCAGCAAAAUCCUCAAUACGUCAACGAACCACAUCAAGCUGCGUAGUCAGGUCCUGCUCCCACCUGGAAGAGGCAGCAGCAUGCAAGGAGCUGAGGAGGUCCACACCAUCCACUCCAUGCAGACUAUGGGAGGCACCACAUGGCUGACUCUGCUGAGAGCAGGGGAUGCCCUGAAUUUCACAGCAGGGAAGUUCCAACUGGGGUGGACUGUCAGCAUACACUGGACACAGGUAACUCUUGCAUCCCAGAAGAGCUCUUCUCUCAAAGUUAUUUACACUGGGGCCAGGUGAGCACCCUCAUCAGUGCUGUGCCACCCCAGGUGACAUUAACUGAGCUCCUCCAGGCUGCAUGCUGUGCACACCUGCUUGCAACCCUGCGGGACAUCACACAGACCACGGAUAACAGGCACGAGGUCAGGUUUUGAAAUUUGUCUUUUUAAUAAAAAGGCACCUAUAAAACAGGUCAAUACAUUACAGGCAGCACAGAUACCCAAAAACAAGCCUAAAAAUUGUUUCAAAUAAAAACCAAUAAGAUGUCUUC